UAGCAGUCUAUUUGACAAUUCAACGCGUUUCUGCUCGACAUUAUCCACUCGUUAAAGACUCAAUGCAACGAUGCCUUGGGUUCCAUAACGCAUUCUCGCUUUUGGCGCGUACGUGCCUGCGAUCGACUCCUCUCCCGAAAUUUCUCUCGCCCGGUUCUCUCCCGUCUAUCCGCAUCUCGCGCCCUGUCCGACGACACUAUGCCCCCCCAGCAGCUAAACCGCCUUCGGAGCUCGAGAAACGCAUAGCCGCCAUUCCGAUCUCUCGCUUCCGCAACUUCUGCAUCGUUGCGCACGUCGAUCAUGGCAAGAGCACACUUUCCGACCGGCUGCUCGAGCUCACGGGGACAAUCGAUGCUUCGGCGGGGAACAAGCAGAUCCUGGAUCGGCUGGACGUGGAAAGAGAGCGUGGGAUAACGGUCAAGGCGCAGACAUGUAGCAUGAUCUAUAACUACAAAGGAGAGGACUACUUGCUGCAUCUGGUGGACACGCCGGGACAUGUCGACUUUCGCGCAGAAGUUUCGCGCAGCUACGCCAGCUGUGGGGGCGCAUUGCUCCUCGUCGAUGCAAGCCAGGGCGUGCAGGCGCAGACCGUCGCGAAUUUCUACUUGGCGUUUGCGCAGGGGUUGACAUUGGUGCCGGUUGUCAAUAAGAUCGACCUCCCCAGCGCGGACCCGCCACGUGCGCUUGCACAGUUAAAGGAGAAGUUCGAGUUGGAUCCCGAUAGUGCGAUUCUGUGCUCCGCGAAAACGGGACUGAACGUCGAACCGCUACUUCCAGCCGUCAUUGAGAACAUACCGCCGCCAGUGGGAGACAGCAAUAACCAUCUGAAGCUCCUUCUGGUGGAUUCGUGGUAUGACAAUUACCGAGGAGUCAUCCUGCUUGUCCGCAUAUUUGAAGGCCAGGUACGGCCGGGAGACUAUCUCCACAGUUGCGGAACUGGCAAUCGGUACUAUGUCGGCGAGGUUGGCAUCAUGUACCCGAUCCAGACGCAGCAGACCGUACUGCGUGCUGGCCAAGUCGGCUACAUCUUCUUCAACCCAGGGAUGAAGCGGUCUUCAGAAGCGAAGCUUGGUGAUACUUUCUGCAAGGUCGGCACAGAAAAUCUUGUCGAACCAUUCCCUGGGUUCGAAGAUCCGAAAUCCAUGGUUUUCGUCUCUGCGUUCCCCGUGGAGCAAGAUGAGUAUCCUCGCCUUGACGACAGUAUCAAUCAACUGGUCUUAAAUGACCGCAGCAUUACUGUCCAAAAGGAGUCUUCGCACGCUUUAGGAGCGGGGUGGCGUUUAGGUUUUCUAGGGACACUGCACGCUUCAGUGUUCGAAGACCGCCUUCGACACGAACAUGGUGGUAGCCUCAUCAUCACUCCACCUGCUGUGCCUUUCAAGGUGAUAUGGCGCGAUGGCACUGAGAAGGUUUAUUCAAGUCCAAAAGACUUUCCGGAUGGAGAUGCCGAAUCCCGCAAGGUGGACGAAUUACAAGAACCAUGUGUGCGCGUCACGAUUACUGUACCGCAAGAGUACCUUGGAAGCGUUAUCGAACUGUGUGAGGGCAAUCGAGGCACACAAGAGGAUAUGCACUUCUGGUCCGCCACCCAGGUUAUCCUCACAUAUGUCCUCCCUCUCUCCGAACUAGUUGAUGACUUCUUCGGCAAACUCAAGUCGCUCACCCAAGGGUACGCAUCCCUCGACUACGAAGACGCCGGAUGGCGCAAGUCCUCCAUCGUCAAGCUUCAGCUGCUUGUAAGCAGAGAGCCAGUCGACGCCAUCGCUCGCGUGAUCCACAACUCCGACGCGCCGCGGAUGGCCAAGCGGUGGGUAUCGAAAUUCAAGGAGAACGUCGACCGGCAGAACUUCGAAGUCAUCAUCCAAGCUGCGGUGGGGAAGAAGGUGCUCGCGCGGGAGACGAUCAAGCCGUUCAGGAAGGACGUGCUGGCAAAGCUCCAUGCGUCGGAUGUCACGCGCAGGAAGAAGCUGUUGGAGAAGCAGAAGGAGGGGAAGAAGAGGAUGAAGGCGGUAGGGAAUGUUGUUAUUGAGCAUAGCAGUUUUCAGAAGUUCUUGGCUAAGUAGUCACCCCGUCGCCCUAUAGGUAGAUAGUCCAGGCUAUUUCAAUUAGUACUCAUGUUCAUAUGUCG